AGUGGAAUGCUCCACGAGUGUGGCAAGUGCCAAGUGGCUUUAACAGAGAAAGCUUUGCAGGCCAAAGGCCGCAAUGAAUAUAGUUAAAUAGCAGCACAAACGCCCAGAAAGAGUUACAGUGAGCAAUUAGUACAGUUGAAGAAUGCAGUGUAUAUAUAUAAUGGAUGUGUAGUGUAUGUAACAAGAUUAAAACUAACACAUGAACUAGAAGACAAGACCCCUUAUGUGUAUGUACUGAUUAUGUGGUGUUUCAGGCAAUAGGAAGCUUUGUGGCUUCUUCAUUUGGCAGGUGAGAAACAGAAAACAAGAAAUGGGAAAAGCCAGCAAAUGGAUCAGGAACUUUCUUCUGGGGAAAAAAGAUGAGAAAAUCAAGAAGAUCGAUGCAUCUGAGGAUAGUAAGAGUUCCAACACGGGAAGUUUGAUUGUGAGUCCAAAAGUGAAGCGCAGAUGGAGCUUUGGAAAACUAACAGGUGGAAGAAUAACGAGCAAGAUAGUAGGGCAUAAAUUUUCCAGGUCUUUUGACUCAGGUGAGUCUGCAAAACUGCAAAUACAAGCCUUGUUGGAAACAAAGGCUUCGAGGCGUCUUCCAACACCACUGCCAAGAAGUUAUAAAGAUAAAAACAAAGCUGCUACAAAGAUUCAGGCCGGUUUUCGCUCAUAUUUGGCAAAGAGAGCAUUGCAUGCUUUAAGGGGAUUAGUAAAGUUACAAGCACUAGUGAGGGGUCACCUUGUGAGGAAACAAACAACUGCUACACUGCGUGGAAUGCAUGCGCUGAUGGCGAUACAAGUUAGAGCGCGAAUUCACCGAAUUCAAAUGGCAGAUGAAGUAAACCUCCUUGGAAAACAGCCUCCACAACAUAGAGAAGUUGCACACUUCAGAGACCUAGCAACAGAAGAAAAUAAAGAUUCAAAGGAUAUGAGUGUGGAAGAAAUGUUGGAGGCUUUGAAAAGCAGAAGUGGCCCUCUAGAUGGUUCAUAUGUUAAGGCCAGAGAACGUGAUUCCAUGACAUUCUAUUCCAAGCAUGUGCCGGUUGUUUCCAAACGAAAACAUCAAUACAAGAAUACUCAAAUCGUAGAACCAAACAGCCCAGAGAACUUCCGGGUCAUGUCUGGAUUUAACACAACGGCAAUGGCCGCCUUAUCAACUUCUCAGCGUCACUCGGUGCCUCACCGCCAAUCACUGUCACCAAAUUACAUGAACAAGACAGAAUCUUCAAGGGCCAAAGCAAGGUCGCAGAGUGAACCAAGACAGCGACCCAAAAGGGGAAUGAGGAACAAAGGGAAGUCUGUGGAAUCUCCAUUGAAUGGUCCAAGACAAAAUCUGUUCUCAAACUCAUUACGUUUCGAUCAUGGAAGCUUGGAUCUUUGGUCUAGCAAUCUUCGUGGGGACAGCAAGCGCGAUUCCUUUGGCAGCAGCUCGGUCACUACUGAUUCCUAUUAUUGAAUUCUCCUGCUUUGUGACAAUACUAUAAAAUGUGUUUUAGUUUGGGCAACGCAAUUUCAUCACCCAUCUACCUGUACUUCGCAAGAAAAGCGGUGGUAUGUGCUAGGAUGCCAGUACAAUAACCAAAUCAUUUAUGAAAGGGAAAACGUAGAUAUAACAAGUGCUUUUGAUCCCUAAUUUGUGUUAACUUUUACAUACGAACAAUUAUUUUAUG